UCUACCAAAUCGUGCCGCCCGUCCAUCCAGCACCCUAGCUAGAACAUGGAAAUCUUCAGUUUGAAGUUAGUCACUCGGAUCAUUCAUUUCCAUCUCCUUCUCUUGACUCUCUUGAUAUGCUGCAAUCUGAGAGCCACUUCUGCACAGUUGAUUCCAAACCCGUUACAAGUCUGUGCACUAAUAAAUUGUGGGGAAGGGACAUGCAAGGCCUCUAAUGCUUCAUUGCUUGGUUUCGACUGCGAGUGUAAUCCUGGUUGGAAGAAAAUGCAACUCGGUCCUUUGACUUUCCCCUCUUGUGUUGUGCCUAACUGCACAAUUGAUUUUCAAUGUGGCAAAGGGUCAACAUCACCACCACCGCCACCAGCUCCUCUUGUUCCACCUCCUCUAAAUUUGUCUAACCCUUGUGCUCUCAUUUGGUGCGGCGAUGGAACUUGCGUAACCAAUGGAACUGGAUACACAUGCGAAUGUAAUGAAGGCUCCCAGAAUUUGUUGAAUUUAAAAGGCAUAGCUUGUUUUAAGCAAUGCUACUUGGGAGCAGAUUGUAAUAGUCUUGGGUUUGGCCCAGCACCCAGUUCUUCUGCCUCGCCAAGAAGUACUGGGCCUACUGGCAUAGGCGGCGGAUCUAGUGAAGCACCAAUUUGCUUGAGGAGUCUCCACGCACUAAGCACAAUAAUAUUGGCCCUGAUCUUUCAACCUUGGACUAAUUAAGCGGGGAGCAAAGGAGGUGAUGAUCAAGACGUUGAACACAAUGAUCAUAGUGAUAAGAAUUAAUAAUUAUAUGAUUUUUAUACGCCAAUCUAUAUAUAUAUACACUUUUUUUAUUUUUUAAUUGGCAAUAAUUAUAACACAUGCAAAUCUAGCGGCCACUAAGCUAGCUAGCUAGCCAGGCAGUUCUUAUAUAUAAUAAUACUAAACAAAUUAAAAACAUUAUCUAUC